AUGUUGGAGGCCACCGAGAGCAGCAAGAGUACAAACUCUCACAGCCCCUCGCCUCCCAGCAGUUCCAUCGCAUACAGUCUCCUGAGCAAUAGCUCCGAACAGGACAACCCUUCCACCAGCGGCUGCAGCAGUGAACAGUCUGCCCGGGAGAAGAAUCAGAAGGAACUAAUGAAGGCCCUGAAGGAGCUGAAAAUCCGCCUGCCAUCCGAAAAAAGAUUAAAAGGCAAAUCUGGGACUCUUGCCACGCUGCAGUACGCUCUGUCCUGCGUCAAGCAAGUCCGAGCUAACCAAGAGUACUACCAGCAAUGGACCAUCGAUGAGUCCCAGCCAUGCAGUCUGGACAUGUCCAGCUUUACUAUCGAGGAGGUGGAAAGCGUCACAACAGAGUACACGCUAAAGAAUCCUGACACAUUCUCUGUGGCGGUUUCCUUUAUCACCGGCCGCAUUGUCUACAUUUCUGACCAGGCCUCUCUUAUCCUGCAUUGUAAAAGGGACGUGUUUAAAGGAGCAACAUUUGCCGAGUUUCUGGCCCCGCAAGAUGUCAGUGUCUUCUAUGGGUCCACAGCACCUUAUAACCUCCCAUCCUGGAGCAGCUGCAUAUCUGGAGAUACGGCUUCAAUGGACUACACUCCGGAAAAGUCUGUUUUCUGUAGGAUCAGUGGGGGCCGAGAGCGGGAUAUGAACAUCCGCUAUCACCCUUUCCGCCUCACCCCGUACCUGAUGAAGGUGCGAGAUUCGGACAACACUGAGGGGCAGCCCUGCUGUCUGCUAAUCGCUGAGAAGAUCCACUCUGGAUAUGAGGCACCACGAAUACCGGCAGAUAAGCGAAUUUUCACCACCAGGCAUACGCCCAGCUGUGUGUUCCAGGAGGUAGAUGAGAGAGCUGUCCCUCUCCUCGGCUACCUCCCACAAGACCUUAUCGGCAUGCCUGUUUUGUUUUUCAUUCAUCCCGAGGACCGACCGCUCAUGCUUGCCAUACACACUAAAGUCUUACAGCAGGCUGGCCAGCCUUUCGAUCACUCUCCCAUCCGCCUGUGUGCACGUUCUGGGGAGUAUGUCACCAUCGACACAAGCUGGAGCAGUUUCGUCAAUCCGUGGAGUCGCAAAGUUUCAUUCAUUCUUGGAAGGCACAAAGUUCGCACAAGUCCUCUCAACGAAGACAUCUUUACUGCUCCCAAAGGGGCAGAAAUGAAGCCUAUAGACCCGGACAUUCAGGAACUGUCGGAGAAGAUACACAGGAUAUUGAUGCAGCCUGUACAUAGCACGUCCUCCGGAGGCGGGAAUGGAAGCGGCGGCAGCAACACAUCCCAAGAACCGUAUCACUGCAAUGCUUCGUCCAGUGACAGCAAUGCCAUGGUCAUCGAGGAGCGGACAGAGCCCAAACCUAUGACAUUUCAGGAACUUUGCCAGAAUGUCCACACAGUGAAGAGUGGGGGCCAGCAGAUCUUCCUGGGCUCCAGGGUCAUACGACCACCUCAUCGAGGACAUUUUCAGGCUCUCGCUCCGGCUCGCAUAGUCCCUCCAGCCAACGUAGACAACACUCCUCCUGACACGGCGGCCCCUCGAAUCCCUGAAGAACUUGCACGAAAAGAGACCUCUAACUAUUCCUACCAGCAGAUCAACUGCCUGGACAGCAUCAUCCGAUACCUGGAGAGCUGUAACCUUCCGGCACGGUGAAGAGAAAAUGUGGCUCCUCAUCGUACACCUCAUCCACCUCCACCUCCGAGGAGGAGAAACAGAGGACCGGGGAGAGCGACAAGGAAGAUCCCUCGGCUGGCCCACCACAGCGGCAGGAUCUGCCUCCUCCACCCCACACCAGCAGCAGUGGCCUCCUCACCUCUGGCUCCUCUGCCUCCUCUUCCCCCCAGCAAGGCAGAGAGCGUGGUGUCCAUCACUAGCCAAGGAAGCUUCAGCAGCACAAUAGUCCAUGUGGGAGACAAAAAACCGCCAGACUCGGCUGAAAUGGUACCUUUGGAGGAGUCCCCAUGCCCUGCAGCCCCACCACCUCCACUGCGACCGCUGGGGCUGACCAAAGAAGUCCUCUCUGCCCACACUCAACGGGAGGAGCAAGCCUUCCUAACCCGCGUGCACAACCUCAGCCAGCUGCGGGUGUUCGACCCUGUUCCUGCGGGAGCAUGGGAGGAGCAGGGCCAACGGGGACCUAGAGGAACUAAGCCCUCCAGAUCCCACCAACAUCACCACAGCUCUGCCAGCAAUCCUGCUCCCCCAUCGCGGGAUGGUACAAAUAAUGGAGGUCGUCGGGGCAAAAGCAGAAAAUCCAAAGCCAAGAGGCCAAAGCAGGGCAAACCUUUGUCACCCACUUCCAUGCCAACGACCAAUCUCCCUGAGGCUCCUCUCCUGCCUCCUCCGCCCCCAGUCAUCCCUGGUUAUCCCCUCCCCAUGUUCCCUCCCCGACCUCCUGUUCCUGAACCAGCCCCGCCCCUCCCUAGAUACCCUCUUGUCACACCCAUUGUUGCCCUCGUACUCCCCAACUAUCUCUUCCAACCUCCCCC